GGUUUGCAGCCCCUGCAUCUCAAACUGGGAAUUCUUCGCUUUUCCAAACACCUACUGAUAUGACAACGACGAUGAUGACUGCUUCUGUGUGUGCUGGCCAAACUAAAAUACCUUCCGGGCCUUAGGCAGCCUCCCUUUCUCCUUCUCUUUGUCUCCAUCUCUUUCACUCCAGCUUCCAGUCAUCUCCAUUCAAGGUCGAGGUCAAGAUGGCUGAAGUCGCCGAGGCAGACAGGAAGAAGGAGCGAGCUCGCUCUGCUUUGGGAGGGAGGAUGGCGGUGCCUCCCAACAACUCCAAUGCAGAAGAAGAUGAACGCCCAACCAUGGAGCUCACUAGCCUGGUGCCCAGAGGGGUUAACAUGCAAGACUUCCUGAAUGUCACAGACAUCCACCUGUUCAAGGACAGCUGGGAUAACAAUAAACAGGAGCAUCACACAGACAAGUUCAUCAACAACAGUCUGAUUGUUCGUCGAGGGCAGCCUUUCUGCAUCCAAAUCGAUUUUAACCGUCCCUACAUUCCCAGUAGGGACCUCUUCAGACUGGAGUUUGUCAUAGGUCGCUAUCCGCAAGAAAACAAAGGAACCUACAUCCCUGUACCUUUGGUCUCCGAGUUGCAAAGUGAAAAGUGGGGAGCCAAGAUCAUUUUGAAGGAGGACAGAUCCCUCCGCCUGUCCAUCCAGUCUUCACCGCACUGCAUUGUGGGAAAAUUCCGCCUCUACGUUGCUAUCUGGACUCCCUAUGGCAUCAUUCGAACACAAAGAAACCCAGAGAGGGAUGUGUACAUUCUCUUCAAUCCUUGGUGUGAAGAGGAUGCUGUGUACCUGGAAGACGAGAAGGAAAGGGAAGAAUAUGUCCUGAAUGACCUUGGAGUUAUUUUCCAUGGAGAAGUGAACAAUGUAAAAUCUCGGAGCUGGAACUUUGGCCAGUUUGAAGAAGGCAUUCUGGACGCUUGCCUGUACUUGAUGGACAAAGCAAAAAUGGAGCUCUCCGGGAGGGGGAACCCAGUCAAAAUCAGCCGUGUCGGAGCCGCAAUGAUCAAUGCUAAAGAUGAUGAAGGAGUUCUUGUUGGAUCCUGGGACAAUGUCUAUGCCUACGGAGUCCCGCCAUCAACCUGGACUGGAAGUGUUGACAUCCUUUUGGAAUAUCAUAGUACUGGAAAUCCAGUACAGUAUGGUCAGUGCUGGGUUUUUGCUGGCGUCUUCAACACCUUUCUGCGAUGCAUCGGGAUACCAGCAAGAGUUGUUACUAAUUAUUUCUCUGCCCAUGACAACAAUGCCAACUUGCAAGUAGACAUCUUUCUGAAUGAAGAUGGGAAAACUAACACCAGAAUCUCGAAGGACUCCGUAUGGAACUAUCACUGCUGGAAUGAAGCUUGGAUGACUAGACCUGAUCUUCCCGUCGGCUUUGGAGGCUGGCAGGCGGUUGACGGCACUCCGCAAGAAAAUAGUGACGGGAUGUACCGAUGUGGCCCUGCUUCCGUUCAAGCCAUUAAGCAUGGUCACGUCUGCUUCCCGUUUGAUGCGCCUUUCGUUUUUGCAGAGGUGAACAGUGACAUAGUUUACAUCCGAGUCAAACAAGAUGGAACCCAUGUGGUUGAAAGUGUUGAUGCUACCCAUGUUGGGAAAUUCAUCCUGACCAAACAGAUUGGAGGAGAUGGGCAGCAGGACAUUACCGAUCAGUACAAAUUCCAAGAAGGUCAAGAGGAAGAGAGGCUGGCCCUGGAAACUGCACUGAUGUAUGGAGCUAAAAAACCACUCAACACAGAGGGCCUAAUUGCACUCAGGGAUGACACCGACAUGAAUUUUGAAGUGGAAAAUGUCGUUCUUGGAAGAGACUUCAAAGUCACCAUCACGUUCCAUAACCGCAGCCCAAGACGUUACUCUGCCACAGCCUAUCUCUCUGGCAACAUUGUGUUUUAUACUGGAGUUGCACAGACUGAAUUCAAGAACCACACAUUUGAAGUGACACUAGAGCCCUUAAGCCUGAAGAAAGUGGAGGUGGCAGUAAAGGCAGGCGAGUACAUGACCCAGCUGUUGGAACAGGCCUGUUUACACUUCUUCCUCACCGCCCGCAUCAAUGAAACCAAGAAGAUCCUGGCCAAGCAGAAGAGUGUGGUGCUGCAGAUUCCCAAAGUGAACAUUAAGGUCCGUGGAGAGAAGAUGAUUGGCUCCGAUUUGGUCGUGGAAGCCGAAUUUGUCAAUCCUCUGAAACAAACCCUUCAGAAUGUCUCCGUGCACAUGGGGGGCCCAGGUGUUAUGAGGACGGCCAAACGGACAUUCAGAGAAAUUCUUCCCAAUUCUACACUGAAAUGGGAAGAAAUAUGUCGACCUUGGACCCCAGGUUACCGAAAAAUAAUAGCAAGCCUGAAUUGUGAUGCCAUCCGACACGUUUAUGGUGAGCUGGAACUAGAGAUCCAGAAGAAACCGUUUGUUUAAAUACAAGAAAAGAGGGGAAGCCAGCAAAGGCUAAUGCUCUGCCUUGUUGGCUACGAAAUGAUGAUGCUAAUUUGGAAGGCUAGCUCUUGCUUUAUCUUGUGAGUAAAUACGGGGAACCCGGUGAAGAAGCAAAGAACAAAUACUGAAGGUACCAGAAAGAGUUGGGAUUCUUUUUAUUUACGCAUACACGCAAAGCUCAUUAAUAUGCAUUUUCAGACUCAAGUACAGAGUCUGGAGGUUGGAUGGACUUGGGCAGUUAGGCUGGGGAGAUCUAGAAGGGUUCCAAACAAGUUAAGCUAACAUUUUUUUUUUAAGAUAAGAAAAAAUACCAUUUAUUGUAACAAUUGGCUUGGGUUCCUAUAAUAGCCUUCCUUUCUCUAACCAAAGGUAUUUCUCUAUAGAUAAUCACAUUUAAAAAAAAUUAAAAGAUUUUAUCUGCACAGGACAUCUUAUUGCUCAGUUGGACUCUGCAAAUGUUAGCCAGGUCAGUGAUUCUCUCGCAAGAAUUCCCCACCUUCCCGCUUGAUCCAAGUUUUUAACUCUCUACCUGCUAGUUUCUCAACUUGUGCUUUGAACUUCUAAAGCGCUCCGUGCUUUUCUAUGUCAUGGGCUAAUAAAGAAAGGCUGAGCUGUGGUGGGGAUAUUUGUUUGUGUCUAUUUCUUGCUCUAUUCACAAGGACACACCAAAUAUAGAUUCCUACACACCUUCUCUUUUUAACCCAGAGGUGUGUUUUUUCAAAUCCUCUUUAGCUCAUCCUCUGCAGUCCCCAGCUCCAAUGCUGGCAUGUUCUCUCGUUCUUUUCUUGACCUCAGCCUACUCGUAACACCUCUACCUUUGGAAACCACUUCAGGAUUAUUUUACCUUGUUCUCCUGAGAGCGACCUAGGGGGCAAUCCGCUGUCCCCUGGGGAGAGAAAUCUGGCCUCGUGUAUUCUGGGAUAUGGUUCUCCCUCAGGAAAUCUAGGGCAGGGCAGGCUGCCGAACCACAGGAAGAUAUGACAUUCUGCAAAUUGAUUGCAGUCCCCACUCAGUAAAUGUACUUCAAACUCACGUUUCACUUCAGACAUCUUGGCACAUCUCUCCUCCCCAUUUUGUGAAUAUAUCAUGUUGUGGUGUCCGUUGCGUACUGUCUUUCUCAGGACUGGGUCCCAGCCCAAUUGUUUCAUCUUGGCAAAGGAAGGGAAAAGUCUUUCAAAUGUCCUUAUCCCCAUAACAAUGUCUGCCUGCCAACAAUGUCGCCCUUGCCAACAAACACAUUUGAGGGAAACAUAAUCACCUAAAAGGUCAAGGAAGCUGGCGUAAUGGAUACUUAUCUGUGGUAUUAUGAUUGGAGGCCUCCCUCAGUCCAUGGAUUUAUCAGUCAAAAGCAGUAUCUCGCUACUGUCCCUCCUUGACUGUCUUCUCCUCUUGAAUCGACUCUCUCAUCCAUUCAUUCAUUCAGCAACCCCAACCUGGGAAAUCCCCUCUUGAUUGGGGAAAGGCCAUAAGGUCUUUCAGGGAGAGCUGGCAUUCUGGGGUGAGCUGCCUGUUUUGUUUGAUAAUUGGACAUAAAAUGGGAUUGUGCCUAGCAAGGUUGGGGAAGGACUAUUAUUCAUCCUCCACUACUGGGACCUUUGGAGGCAGAUUGGUACCUCAGCGUGUGUGCCCAGGGGGAGGGUAAGAGGAAAUAGAGUGUGCAGGAUUUGAAUGCUCUUGUGAGCAAUGGAACCUGACAUUCUGAGCCCGUGCGUGCUGGGGUGGGCCAGACUGGAGCAACAGCUGAUCAGUGCCAUAGCUUGUUUAUGAUUAUUUCUAUUUAGUAAUCUUAGGUAGCUUGCUAAACUAUGUAUGAGACUGCUUAGCUUCCUGCAUCCUUAUUAACUAUAAUGUAAAGGAAACUUAAAAUAAAGUUUUUCUGAUUGCAUACACCUUCAAA